AUGACCCCACGGGAGCAGCUGAGGAAGAUGACAGCACUGGGAGAGCAGGGCACGCUGGAUGAGAAGCACUGGUAUCGACUGGUGAACGGCAUGUCCGCCGGAGAGCUGAGGCAGCGGCAGGAGAUGAUAAUGAGGAACCAGAUGGCCAUGGCUCCACAGAUCCUCGCCCAGGGGCAGCAGAGGCUGCAAGGGGUCCCCGCUCAGUUUGAACCUCGCUUCAUGGAGAGGGAGUUGGUUCCCCCCACCGAGAUGGUGGCUUCUGAGGCUCGACAGAUGCACAUGGCGCCCCACCUCGGCCAGCCGUUACCGCCUCACGCCAACGUCCUGCCUGGAAGAGCGUUCCCGGGGCCAGCUGGGUAUGGCUUCCUGCCCUCAGAGCCCAUGGAAACUGUUGCCCGGCGACAGGAGCUAAUUCACAAGCAAAAUAUAGCAAGGAUGGAGAUGAACGCCAUCCUGCAUCAGAAGGAGCUGGAGAACGCUCACCAGAAGGGGCUGAUGGGAAUCGACAACCCCAUGUCGUACCCUUCCAACCCCAUGGUGUUCAGGGGCCGCCAGCGCAUGCCGGACGGCCACGACGUCUUCGUGCACCGGCCCACCCUGGACGAGCUGCACUCCAACAGCAUCCUCAUGUCGGCCAGUCCGUACCCGCCCAUCGGCACCCUGCACCGGGAGCGAGGGCGCCGGGCGGGGCGGCGGCCCACCGUCCACAAGACCGUGGACAGCCACGUGUCCAACCUGAAGGGCCAAGCCGAGGACAAGGGCGUGGAGCAAAGCCCGGGGGCCACGUCCGGCGAGGAGAAGGAGAUGGAGCCGAAGGGGGACCUGGGAGAGGAGUGCACCGCCGGCAAGACGCACCAUCAAGCCAAAAUAGACCCCGAACUCGCCGCGGGCAGCAGGAAGAACUACAAAGAGGGAGAGCCGGGCAUGCGGAAGGCCUGCGGGAACACUCAGGACUCCUGCUCUGAUGGAGCCAACAGUGGAGCGAAUGACAAAGACAUUUCCAGCCAGUGUUCAGCUUUUCAGGAGAAAUUCAUGUAUCCGUCCAGCGGUGGAGGCCUGGCAGGGAUGCCUUACAUGUUCCCAGUCCCCGGGAAUGGUUUCCUUCCACCAGGGCCACCAAAUCUCUUCCUGAACGGCGACGAGGUACCUGAAGACAUAAGGAAAUGGACGGUGAACGACGUUUACAACUUCAUCAACAGCAUACCGACGUGUUCGGAAUAUGCCCAGACGUUCAAGGACCACAUGAUUGACGGGGAGACGCUGCCCCUCCUCUCAGAGGAGCAUCUGCUGGACACACUGGGGCUCAAGCUCGGGCCGGCUCUCAAGAUCCGCUCACAGGUCUCCAGACGUCUGGGCAGCAUGCUGUACAUGAUGAACCUCCCGCUGUCCACGGGCGCCCUGCAGGCCACCCCCGAGAAGCCCGGGGACCGCUCCUCAGACAUCGGCUCUCCCGGCAACUGCAACAGCGAGGAGAUGGUGGCGAGUCCCAGAGACCCCGACAUCCUCAAACCCGGCGAGCACGCUCAAGAGGCGGAGAACAACUCGCCUCCGUCGGCCAGCAGUGAGACGGCCUGA